UCUAAAUUGACCAAAUUAAAUUAUUUUGUUGACAUCGGGGGAAUUAUUUGAGAUAUCUGAAAAAUCUACUUUUAUUCUUUUUCCAAGACAACCUGAAAUAUUUUGAAAUAAUGAUUACUACAUGGAUGCGUGAUUCCUUGGCCGACAUUUUGCGUACCAAUCGCCAUGCAGACUGCAAAUUUAUUAUCGAAACUGCAGAAGGAAGUAAGGUAUUUCAGUGCCACAAGCUGAUCUUUAGCUGCGCCUCUGAGGUGUUCGAUCGCAUGCUCUAUGGCAACUACAAUGAGUCCAGCAGCGGGGAGGUGAAGCUGAACGACGUGGAGCCAAAAGUGUUUGAGAAGUUUCGUGAAUAUGUUUACGGCUACGAUGACGAGAGGCUUGAAGUAUACGACUUUGACACACUUGUGAAACUAGCAGAGUUCGGCAACAAGUACCUGGUAGAGUCCAUCAAGGAGGACUGUGUGCGACAUCUACUAUACCGCAAGGAAAUGUUCGACACAGACGAGCUUCUGCGUCUUUUCCAGUGCGCGCACACACUGAAUUACUCGUUGCUGAUCGACCAUGUCUCUCGUGACCUCAAGAAUCACGCCAAGAGGGUGCUCAACCACUCGGCCAUAUACCAGUUUAGCACAGAUGUGUUCAAAAGCUAUAUUGAGGUGGUCGAGAGCAGACUCAGUGAGCCAGAGCGCUUCAACUUGAUUGAAAUGUACAUAAAGUAUAACGAUCUGGAUGGUCCUGAUACUGCUGCUACAGACACUGAAAGUGAACAUGAUACUGCUGCUAUAGACACUGAAAGUGAAGAUGAGAAAACAGAUACUAAUGGACUGGUCGCUACUCCGGCAAUCGAAGGGAAGGGAAAAAUGAAUAGGGAGUAUAUUUCUGAGUUACUGGGGCUAAUCGACUUUUGCAAAUUCACGGCCAAGGACUUCUAUGAAGGACCUGGCAAAUCGAGCUUACUCACCUUGCAGCAAAAGUACGAGAAUCUCUAUAAGAUUGCCAGGAGCUGCUCACAUGUUUCCGCCCAGGAGGAACUAGAGACCAAGCUAGGAAAUUCCUUUUUAUCUUCCAGCUGCCAUUCGUAUCAUGAGAUGCAACAAUCAUAUAUGAGUCGCUCAAGUCGCCGAGGCGACUCAAUGAAGACUGACAUGAUAUACGACUAAAUCCAAUUAUUUCAAUAUUGGAAAAUGGGUAGCAUACGGAAGGAAGGUGUCUCUGGUUGUCUAGAUCUUCAUAAAAUUAUGUUAUAUUGAUUAAUUAUCUGUUGCAUUUAUUAUCGUUGUAUAACGGCUUUCAAAAAAUCUUGACUGAUUUUGAUAUCAAAUUUUAAGUAUUCAAAAACGGAAUUAAACCAAAAAUAUAUACAUACAUA